AUGGAACAACUAUUAGAAGCAGUAAGUGAUGCCGUGUCAUCGAUGGUUCUUUACUCUGUGGAAGCAGAUGAAUCCAACGCUGCCAUUCCAAACAUCUUACCAGGUGCUCACACUGUAAAGACAACCGUUGACUAUUUAGUUGAUUUGGCUGCAAAAUCUGCUGUUUUAUGGAAUAAUUUCAAUCAACCAGAGAUGGUAACAAAGAUGUUGGAAUCAUGCGAGAAUAUUAGACAGGCAUGCAACGAUUUGUUGGAAUCUGCAACGAUUCUCUCGAAUAUGCCAUUCAAUAAGCCAGCAAAGAAGAUUCUCUUGAAGGGUGCCAAGGGCAUCAUGGAACACAUGGUUAUUCUUCUGCAGCAAGCCGAUCUCUACGAAGUGACACGUCUCAUCAAGAAAGCACGUCUCGUCGAAUCAAAGUUGAAGGUUUUCAUCGGUUUGGAACCGGGAGAAUCGUAUUUCGCCACCGCAGCACAGGAGUUUGUUACAUCGACAAUCGAUCUCGGAAAGAUCGUCAAUAAGAGAACCAAUGAAAUCGACGACUUUGGUUUCAAACGUCGUUUCGAGGAGGCCAACACUCAGCUGAAAGUAGAGGUCCCAGUGGUACUGCAAUACUACGCACUGUACCAACGUGAUCCCAACGAUAGCAGCUCAUACAAACAGGGAUCGGACGUCGCCCGUAAAAUCAAUGAUAUUCUCGAGGAGAUCAUCACAGUUGCCAGACUGUCUGCCAAGUCACCAUUCGAUCUCUCAAUGAUCUCCGGUUUAGAUUUACGUGAUGAAGAUGAUUUGCGUGACGCUGCCAUCUUUAUUGCUCAUGAAAAAGAAAAGUUAUUAUCUGCCAUCGAAUCUGGAGAUGGUAAAGAAGCAUCUAGAGCUUUGAAAGCAAUAAAGAAAGGAUUGAAUGAUCAGAUUGUUAUUUCAAAGGCGUUGGCUAAAUCAGCGGAUAAUCCAGUGCACAAGAAACGUUUGGAGCAUGCCGCUCAGAAUGCACAGAUGCUGUUGGAUUCUAUUAUUGCAGAGUUUGGACACCAAGUCGAGGAGUUGUUGAGUAAGCCAGACAAUGCUUUGUUGUUGCGUGAACUUCAAGCCAAUUUGGACACUAUCAAGACUGCCUCUGACUUGAUGGUCACCAGCUCGGCAAAGUUGACAUCGAACGACGUCGCCGACUCUCAAAACGAUUUGGAAUCGGCGAUCGAGCGAAUGAAAGUAGAUAUCUCAAAGAGCGACUAUCAAGCGGCACGAAAAGAUCUCAACGAUAUCACCAAUCAGUUCAACAAUAUGAUAACGAUUCUUGAUGGAAUUGCCAAGUCCACUGAGGAUCCAGCACUGAAAGCACACAUCGAAUCGAUUAUGACACAGACGAGAGCGAGAGGAUCCACGCUGUUGGGACACAUCGAGCGACUGUUGGAUCAAGCAGCAAAGAAUCCAAACGAUCCACAUAUCGUUGCAGAGUUGAAUGCCAAGCUCGACGAGUUGGAGGAGAUGGGAAGAGACGUCGUCAAGGCAACUUCCAUUGGAACUUCGACCGACCUCUACAACAAGUCGUCGUCGAUCGAAGAACAACUAGCCAAGUUGCGUCAAGCCGCACACGAGGGAGAUAAAAAGGAGGUUCAAAACGGAUUGCGUACUAUUCGUAAGGCGUUGUACGACGAGUUGAACAUUGCAAAGUCGAUCGCGCGUUCCACCGACGACGAGCAGUUGCGCGAGGCACUGGAAGCGGCCAUCCUCAAAGCAGAGGAGAAUCUACAAUCGAUGAUUGAGGAUCUCUACAAGUUUGCCAAUGAGACUGUCGACGAUCCAACCAAUAGCCGUGCAGUGCAAUCGCUCGAUAACAUCAUUGCGAUGAUUGACGGACUCAAUUCCAACUUGGUUGGCGCCGUUAGUCGCGACCUCGUGGAAACCAACACUCGCGAGCUCGAAGCCAAGAUCUCAGAGUUGGCCAGCGCAAUUAGAAACUCACAACACGAAACUGCUGUCGCUACUCUCAAGGAGAUCAUCACCGACAUCAAGAAACAGGCUGCCAUCUCCGAGCCUGCCGCCAACUAUAUCGCCACCACCGACGAGGCGCGUGCUAACCGUGUCAAAGACCGCGCUGCCGACCUUGUCGCCGUCGGUCCAAACCUUGUGAAAGCAGUCAAGGCAGUCAUUACCGACCACAGCCAAGAGAACCAACUCGCUGUUGCCCAGCAGAUUACAGCACUGGUCGACACCAAUCGUGAGUUGACCAACGCCGUCCUGAUGACCACCGAGCAAGAGAUCCUUGAGAAUGCCGCCAAGAUCGAUGCCGACAUGCGUCGUAUCAAAAAGAAUUUGGAAUCUGGACAGCCUAUCAACAUGGCCGAAGUCAAAUCACUCGUUCGUAAGAUGAACAACCAGAUCCGUUUGGCUCACCAACACGCCAACACCCUGAAAGAUCCAAAUGCCAAACGUCACCUGCUGGAAUCAACCGACAAUCUCAAUAAACUCGUCAAUCUCCUCGUUGAGGCAUGUAAGAAUUCGUUGACCGAUCCAGAAACCAAGCGACAAAUCUCAGAGUUGUUGGCAGACAUUGCACGCGCCAACAUCGGUUUGUUCAAUGACGGCACCAUGUUGUCGGCAGCCGAUGAACUGGUCCUGGGAACACCAAACCUGCUGAAACUCAUCAGCAAGCUCGAAGAAGCAAUUGCCUCUGGUGAUCCAGACGCCAUUCGUUUGGCACUCAAAGAACUACAAGCGGAGAUCCAGAAGCAGUUGUUCUUGGCGCGUAUCGCUGAGAGCUCCAUCGACGAUCCAGAGCGUCGUAAGCAACUACAAGAUGCAAUCCUACAUCUUGAGACUCUAAACAACUCUCUCUACCCACAGGUAAUGGAUUUCCUCAACGAUCCAAACAAUCCCGCCAUUCGUGACGGUCUCAACAACUUGUUGCGUCGUCUCCGUGACGGUGUGGAGAAUGUCUCUGCCAUUGCAGCCACCUCUGCAACUGAACAUCUCGAAAACAAAUCGAUUGCCGUUGCCAACGAGUUGGUCAAGCUUGAGGAAGCUGUCCAAUCAAACAAUACCGCCGACGCCAACGACCACCAUCAAAAAGCAAUCCAAGGAAUCAAACAACAGAUCCAACUGUCGAAACACAUCGCCGAGCAAACCUCUAAUAUUCCACAGCGUCGUGCUAUCAUCGACUUGACUGAAAAGCUUGAGAAGCAAGCGUUGGUCUUGUCGGCCGCCGUAAAGGAGUCGCUCGCCAAUCCAAAUAGCGCCGCUGCCAAAGCCAAGCUUAGUGAAGCUGCCGCCGCCACUCGUGUCCUCAUGGCACAGCUCAUUGCCGCCUCGUCAAACAAGGUUCCAGAGGAACAAGUAGCCGCCACUGCAGCUGCAAUCAAGAAGGAUCUCUCCGACCUGUUGGAUUCGCUCAACAGUGGAAAACCCGAGCAAAUCAAAGCCGGUCUUUCCGAGUUCAAAGAGGGUGAACAACGUCAACGUCUUGAACAACUUAAAGCAUAUGCCGCUAAUGUCCAGGAUCCAUUCUUGAAACGUGCUAUUAACGACGCCGUCUCCGACCUGGAGAAGAAGCUCAACGAGACAAUCAAGGCUGCCAGUCAAGCCGGACCGAAUCCAACUGCCGACAAGUUGCGUACUCUCAAGAACCUGGUGGAGUCAUCGACCCAGGCAUCGGAUAAGGUCAUCAAGGCUGCCACUCCAUCUUCCGAAGACCGUAUUCUCUCACAGGCCGUAAAGAUCUGCGAAACACUGGAUCGCGUUCAAACCUCAUCAAAGAAAGGAUCGAAAGCCGAUGUCGAAUCGAAUCUCAAGGAGUAUCGUGAUGAACUCAACGACACCAUUCAUCUUAUCAAACAGGUUGCAGACUCCACCCGUGACCAACACAAAAAGGUGGCACUCAACGAACUCGCUGAGAAGCUAAAGAACUCACAACAACCACUUGCCAACCUCGCCAACAAUGCCGCUGACAAACCGGCCGACUCCAAGUUGCAAUCGGAGCUUGCCGCUGCCAUCCAACAGACCAAAGACAUCUUGGGUCGUGCCGCCACCACCGCCUCCAACAACCCAACCAACUUGGUCGAAGAUUCCAUCCUCAAGGCAAACAACGACAUCAACCAGUUGCUCGCUGCUUCACAAUCCGGUGACCAGAAAUCGAUUGGCGACGCCGUUACCAACCUCCAAGAUUCCGAGAAACGUUUGAAGCUUGUCGCCAACGCCAGCAACGAUCCAAACAUCAAACAAUCGCUACAAUCACUCAAUACCACCUUGCCAGUAAUCAUCGGUGCCGGAAACACAUUGAUCACCGCACCCAAAGAUCCACAUGCCAAACAACUCAUUGAAUCACACUCCAAGAAAGCAAUUGAAGAUCUCACCAAUGCUUUGUCACUCGCCAACCAAACACCGGAAGAGAACAUUAUCAUCAACGGUACCGUUGUCAACAAUGAAUUGGAUAACCUUGUCAAACAAGCAAAGAAAGGUGACAAGAAUGCCAUCGAUUCCUUUGCCAAGACCUCACACAAAUCGGCAUCGGAACAAGCGUUGCUCGCUCGUGCACUUGCCUCGCAGACAAACAACGCUCAACGCAAACAAGAACUCACUGCCAAAGCGAAUGCACUCGAACAAGCACUCCCACAAAUCGAAAUCCUCUCCAAGAAUCUCCAGGCCAAUCCAUCCGAUAAGGCAUCGGCUGACAAACUCGAGGGACUCGUCCAAACCAUGAAAGUCAACAACCAGAAGAUCGUCAACGAAGCACUGGCUGAGCGUGCCGACAAGGAAGCAAAAGAACGCGCCAUUCGCGCUGAAAAAGAGCGUCAAGAGCGUGAACAACGCGAAAAGGAAGAACGUGAACGUGCCGAGCGUGAUGAGGUGAUGGCCGCCGCUCAAAAGAUCCAAGAGCGUACCAAGGACUUGGUGAAGGACAACUCGUCCGAGGGUAAACUCUACAACACCGCUCAGGGUAUCGCCGGUAUCAUGAAAGAUCUCUCAGAGGCUGCACGUUCGAACGACAAGAAGGGUAUGUUGACCUGCUCAAAGAUGCUCUCGGAACAAGUGAACAUCUAUCUCCAGCAAGCAAAGGAAACCGCUGCCAAAUGUACAGAUCCAAAACUCAAAGAACAAAUUAUCACUGCCGCUCAGGCCGCACGUAACUUUACAGUGCAACUCAAGAUUAUCGCUGCUGUCAAGGCUGCCAGUGAAGACGACGAUGCAUCAACCAACAAACAACAAUUGAUCAAGUGUGCCAAGGGAUUGGCUAAAGCUGUUGUACAAACAAUCAAUGCAGUUGAAGUAGGUCGAAUUAGAGCCAAAUAA